AUGAUUGGAAUUCCACAGUACAUUGAGCGGUUCCAGGAAAAGAACAACGCCAAAGACUGCACAGGCAAGCAUGUCGUGAUCAUAGGCGGGACACGCGGACUAGGCGCCGCUACAGCAGAAAAGUUCGCCAAGCUGGGCGCGUCCGUGACCUUUGUCGGACGGUCGCAGAAGGCCGGCGAUAUUGUGCUCCGCAACUGCCGUGCAAACUCGCCGCUAGCAGCCAAGGCAACAUUCAGCCAUGUGCUCGGAAACCUGAGCCUACUGAGCGAGGCUGCGCAGGUUGCCGAUCAGCUCGAUACAGCCAUUGCUCAGACGCACCGAGGAAUCGAUGCCCUGGUGCUGACUGCGGGGUGCUACGGCAGCUCGUCGACGUAUUCGAUUCUGGGCGGCACAGUGAAGACACAGGAACAGCUGGACCAGUGGUUCUCGCUGCUGUUCUUGUCGCGAUUCUUGGUGAUCCAGCGGCUCAUGCCGUGGCUAAAGCAGCGGCCCGGAAGCCGGGUGAUCAAUAUUCUGCGCGCUGGUAGCCGAGGCAGCCUGGAUAUCGACAACCUGAGCAUGGACGGUAAGAGCAACCUCGAGACCAUCUCGUCGAUGGGGCUGUACCUCGACGCCACGACUCUGUCGCUGGCCGAGCGCCACCACGAGCAGGCGUUCUACCAUAUCACGGCUGGCCCCAUGGUGCCGCACCCUGUAGUCGAGGAUACUGAGCACUUUCCACUGCUGGCGUGGGUCGAGCGCACAUUGCGGCCGUGGCUGUACUCGCAGUCGGUCUCGGCCUACGAUGCUGCGGAGGCAGUUGUGUACGUGGCAAUCCAGCCUGAGUUCGGGCCAGCACACUCGGGCACCCUGAUGAGCGAGCGGCUGGAGAACCUGCCGCUGACUGAAUUCAUGCGGUCGCCCGACACACACGACCGGAUCUGGCGGUACGCACUUAACGAGAUCAGUUUCAAGCUGCCAAACGAGGUGGCCAAGUUCCAGUAUGCGUCACUGGACGGCGACGACCUGACAAACGAGAUCCAGAUUACACACGAGAUGUAUUCGCAGUAG